AUGAAGUAUAAUGAGGCUGAGCUCUACAAACAAAGACUCCAGAAGAGCAAGAUGCCCAACCCGCGACAAAGCCCUAUCCAUGGCAACCACGCAGCGUUGACAAACCCUCCGCCAAUUUUAGUUUCCAAGCCUGUACCCAUCCCUGUCACCCACAUUCCUAAAGCUGCGGUGCCCAGGGUGCGGGGGAGUGUAGAGGGCUUAAAUCAGGAAAUUGAGCGACUUGUCCUAAAAUCUCAGGGAUUCUUCAUCCAAGGUACAGAUGAAGAGGAAAAGGUGCAGCCUGCAGCGAAUGCCGCACAGAAUCAGGACACGACCCCUGACGGUCAUCGCGCACCCAUUGCAGAACUUCUCCGUGCUGCCAGUGGCACUCGAAGUGUCAACACGCAAACACCGUCUGUGGUGAAUGAAAAUGACAGUGGGAAUAGCAGUGGAGGCGGAAGCCGCUCCCAAUCAAUAAGUCCAUCAUUUCCCAUAAUUCCUGGACAGAUGGACUCGUCUCGACCUUCCAGUCAGAACGACUCAACAGAGAAUACAUCUGAUGGCAGCAAGGUGGAUAAAGUUGACCUUGACCCUGGCAGUCCAGAUCCCCAGUCUAAGUAUGCAGCCAGCCCCAGACCAAACAAGUCCUAUCAAUUUGUCAGGGAGCCCCCAGAUGGUUGUGAAAAGGUUCCUUUGUUGGAUGAAACAAGGAAAGCGCCACCUAUGCCACCCAUGGUGAAGGAGCCCUUGCUGGAUCCAUGCAAGAAGUUCACUCUGAAAGUCAGCGACAGCUCAGCAUUCUGUCCUCUCAAGUUUCCCACUGCCCCUGAGUUCGCCGUCAUUUCUCCAGUCAUGUCUCAGAAUCCUCUGGGCACAGGCAUCCAGAGUCAGUGA